UUGGUUUACUUUGAGAGCUGUUUGGUCCACUUUUGUGUGGCAGAAAAAUGAGAUUUCAACAAUUCCUUUUUGUAUUUUUUAUUUUUAUGAUGAGUCUUCUCCUUAUUAAUGGACAGAGACCAGCUAAUUUGGCCAUGAGAAGAAAAGUGCACAGACACAACUGCCUGCAGAGGAGAUGUAUGCCUCUUCAUUCACGAGUGCCCUUCCCCUGAGAUCUCUCUAGCUAAUUUUAUCCUGUCUACCAAAAA